AUGCAGAUCGGACUUGAUUACAUGCAGAUGCGCACCCGUGCGCAAUAUUACGGGUUGCGCUGGGCAGGCAUCGCUCUCGUGGCAGUCGGCGGGAUACUGGCCGCUGCGGGCAUCGGAUACUAUGGUUAUCUUUACUCUGUAAGGGCCAAUCUUGACAAUUACGAAGCGCUGCGUCAUGACGCUACGCUGAUCGAAGCCGCAGCGCCCACAGGCAAGGGAGGCGGAACCGGGGCAUCCAUCGUGUCGUUGCCCGCCGGCGUCCUCUCCCAGCGUAUGGCCGAUUUGGGCUACACCGAUACGCCCAGCGCCGCUGCCUGGCCUGUCGGAACCCAGCCGCCACCGUCCCGCCUGAUCGUGCCCACACUGGGCAUCGACGCCAAACUCGAUGAGGUCAGUGUGUCCGGCACCUCCAUCGCCAACUACGCCUCCGGAGACAACCCGGCUGCCGGAUACGCUUCGGUGACGGCCAAUCCUGGCGAACGCGGAGCGAUGUGGUUGUUCGGGCCCGCCGGCUCGGGUGUUCGCAGCUUUGGAAGCAUCACCCGCGCUCCCGAUCUAAUCACUCGAGGCGACGAGUUGCUGAUGUUCGUGAAUACCUCGGACCGAGACUACCUGUACGCGACCACGCAUUCCGAAGUGGUUAAAGCGACCGACCUGAGGUUGAACAGCAGCGACCGGGCCACCAUCCACCUGGUCUUGCCCGUCCCCAACGGAUGGUACGACCACUUCCUGAUCCUCAGCGGAGAACUGGUGGGCGUGCGCUAG